GUGUGUGUGUGUGUGUGUGUGUGGGAGAGGGCAGCGCUCCGCUCCGCUCCGCUCCGGCCGUGACUUUGGAUUAUCGUGUUAUGGGUGACUGCACCAUCUGGGAUUCCUGCCCUCGCACAAGGGCUUUUUUCCGCGAAAAACAAGCUUUCUGAGAUCUGUACAGAAGUUCUGGAAAUGGCUGUGAAGCGUGAAGCGUCGCGAAAUCCAUCGACGGCUAAACGGCUUCCCUGGGUUUCGCUGACGUCCCCAUUGCUUUACUGAAGAUGGACACACUGGAGUCGGAGUUGACUUGCCCAAUCUGUCUGGAGCUUUUCGAGGAUCCUCUACUGUUGCCCUGCGCCCACAGCCUGUGCUUCAACUGCGCCCAUCGCAUUCUAGUGUCCCACUGUCCCACGCUCGACGAGUCCAGCAAACCCUACUCCGCCUUCCAGUGUCCCACCUGUCGCUAUGUCAUCACCCUCGACCAGCAGGGUCUAGACGGCCUCAAGCGCAACAUCACUUUGCAGAACAUCAUCGACCGCUUCCAGAAGGCGUCUCUUAGCGGGCCGAACUCACCGAGCGAGACGCGCCGCUGCAGCCGCGAUCCGUUCCCCUCGGUGGAUGACGGCAGGGUCAUGAGUUCGCCGAGCGAAGCCGUCCAGUGCCAGUUCUGCGAGCAGGAUCCGCCGCAGGAGGCGGUCAAGACCUGCGUCACCUGCGAGGUUUCGUAUUGCCAGGAAUGCCUGCGCGCCACUCACCCCAACAAGAAGCCCUUCACGGGACACCGGCUCACCGAACCCGUGCCGGACUCUCGCCUCAGAGGACUGGCCUGUCCCGAGCACGGAGAGGAGAAGGUCAACAUGUACUGCGUGACGGACGAGCAGCUGAUUUGCUCGCUGUGCAAACUGGUCGGACAUCACCGUGAACACCAGGUGGCAGCGCUGGGAGAGCGAUUCGACAAGCUGAAGCACAUGUUGGAUUCCAACCUCAGCAAUCUGAUCAAGAGGAACAGCGAGCUGGAGAACCUGAUGGCCAAGCUGAUCCAGACGUGUCAACAUGUGGAGCACAAUGCGGCUCAUCAGGAGAGCAAACUGGCAGAAGAGUGUGACACACUGAUAAACAUCGUACAGCAGAGGAGACAAAUCAUCGGCACUAAGAUCAAAGAAGGAAAGGUGGUUCGCUUGAGAAAGCUAGCGCAACAGAUCGCUAACUGCAAGCAGUUCGUGGAGAGAUCGUCCUCGCUCAUCACUCAAGCCGAUCUGGUUCUGAAAGAGACGGAUCACGCUCGAUUCCUGCAGACUGCAAAGAGCAUCUCAGAGCGGGUCUCGAUGGCGACGGCGUCCUCACAGAUCCUGAUCCCAGAGAUCAACCUGAACGACACGUUCGACGCGUUCGCACUGGACUUCUCCAGAGAGAAGAAGAUGCUGGAGGGUCUGGAUUACCUUACAGCUCCGAAUGCUCCCACUAUCCGCGAGGAGCUCUGCACGGCGUCUUACGACACCAUCACCGUUCACUGGACAUCAGAAGAUGAGUUCAGCGUGGUUUCAUACGAGCUGCAGUACACCAUCUCCACCGGCCAGACUAACGUCGUCAGUCUGUGUAACUCGAUGGACAGCUGGAUGAUCGUGCCCAACAUUAAGCAGAAUCACUACACGGUUCACGGCCUGCAGAGCGGCACCAAGUACAUCUUCAUCGUGAAGGCCAUGAAUCAGGCUGGAAGCCGCAGCAGCCCGCCGGCCAAACUCAAGACCAACAGUCAGCCGUUUAAGCUGGACCCAAAGUCGGCCCACAGGAAGCUGAAGGUGUCACAUGACAAUCUGACAGUGGAGCGGGACGAAGCCUCGUCGAUGAAGAGCCACGCUCAGGACCGCUUCGGCAGCACGGGGAACUACGGCGUGACGGGGAACGUGUUCAUCGACAGCGGCCGCCAUUACUGGGAGGUUCUGAUCGGAGGAAGCACAUGGUUUGCUAUCGGUAUCGCCUACAAAUCGGCUCCCAAGCACGGCUGGGUCGGUAAGGACUCGGCAUCAUGGGUAUUGAGCCGCUGCAACACCUCGUGGGCCGUGCGUCACAACAGUAAAGAGUUUCCCAUCGAGCCGUCUCCUCACAUGCGGCGUCUGGGCGUCCUGCUCGACUACGACUCCGGCUCUCUGGCGUUUUACGACGCCGCUGGAACGCAGCACCUGUACACCUUCGACAUCGCCUUCUCUCAGCCCAUCUGUCCCGUCUUCAGCGUGUGGAACAAGUGCUUGACCGUCCUCACUGGGCUCCCCAUCCCGGACCACUUGGAGAUCAGCGACCCGCGCGACUGAACGCUCCUCCAGUACACCUGCUGUUCAGAGGAAGGGUUCUGGCAAAAAUCUAAAUAUUCUGAACAUGUCCUCAUCCUCAGGCCAUCCAAGAUGUAGAUGAGUUUGUUUCUUCAUCAGAUUUGGAGAAAUGUAGCAUUGUAUCACAGCAAUAGAUGCUCUGCAGUGAAUGGGUGCCGUCAGAAUGAGAGUCCAAACAGCUGAUAAAAACAUCACAAUAAUCCACACCACUCCAGUCCAUCAGUUAACAUCUGGAGAAGACAAAAGCUCAAACAAAUCCAGCAUUAAGACAUUAACUAAAAUAUGAGUCCAUAAUCCAUAAUAAAGCUUCCUCCAGUGAAAAACUCCAUCUCCUGUUGUCUCUCACAUCAAAAUUCACCCACAUAUUUGUUUAGAGCUGUUUUGGCUUGUAAACGCUGCUUGAUCUGCAGAUUUCUCUCCUGAUUCACACCAGAACACUUUUUCACAGGAGGAAGAGUUAUUAUGGAUUAUUACUAUUUUGAACUAGCGUCUAUUUUUUUUUUUUUUUUUUUUUUUUUUAUAUUUACAUUUUUAGUUUCUUCUCCCUAAUUUUAGUAAUUUUCUAAUGUGCUUUUGUAAUUUUUAUUGUUUUUUUAUAUUUUUGUUUAGCUUUUUUAUAAAAAAAAAUAUUUCCAUUUUAGUUUUAGUAAUUUUCAUACUUCAAAUUAAACUUAUUUCAGUUAAAGGCAUUUCAGCAUUUCUAAUUUUAAGUUUAAAAAACUUUUUUUUUAUUAAUAUCAAUAUUUUAUUUCAUAUUUAAUGUGUUUUUGUUUCAGUUUUAUUAAUUUAAGUACUGUAAAUUAAACACAUUUCACUCAGCAUUUCCAGUUUUUUUUUUUUUUUUUUUUUUAAUAUUUUUUAAUUUUUAAUUUUAAUUAGUUUAAUACUUAAAUUUUAUUUCAGCUUCAUUUUAAUUAACAAAAAUGGUUUUAGGUAACAAUAAUAUCACCAAUUAGAGCACAACAAUCAUUUCCUGAAGUUAAAAUCCCAUUAACAGUAUUCAUAAACAAAUUUAUAUUAUGGAGUCAUAUUUUAGCUGGAAGCAAAUUUGAAGUUAAAAAUAUCUUCGAGAUGGAUUUGUUUCGUCUUUUGUCUUCUCAAGACAUUAACUGAUGGACUGGAGUGGUGUGGAUUAUUGUGAUGUUUUUAUCAGCUGUUUGGACUCUCAUUCUGACGGCACCCAUUCACUGCAGAGCAUCCAUUGCUGAGACACUGAUGCAGAGACACAUUUCUACAAACCUGAUGAAGAAAAAAACUCAACUACAUCUCGGAUGACCUGAUGGUGAGGACAUAUGCAGCAAAUUAAACUAUUUCAGCAUAUUUAAAAAAAAAAACAACAGUGAUGUGUCCCUCCUGACCGCUUGUGAACAUCAGGUGUAAACCAGGCUCUAAAAACCUGCAGAACUGGACCAAAAUUGUAGGAAAAGUCCAUUAUAACGUUCCCGGUUUCACUAGCAGAUCGUAUAGUGUACAUCACUUCACCUACAUUCCAUAAUUAAGCACCUUGAAUCCUAAUAGUUGAUGAUUAUUUAUGACUCUUCUGUCUCAUGCACCUCGAGUCACUUUAUUUACUCAUCUUUAGGGUUUUUAGUAUGACUUCAAGUCCUUAUAAGAUCUUGUACAAACACCAAAAUCAUCACCUGUAGUUACAUGAAAUCAACAGUCACAUGAUAUACUGUCGUUCUUCCUCAGUAUUACUAUCAAACGCUCCUGUCUGCUCCUGUGCUCCGCUAUUAGACCGGCGCUCUUCACGUCCUGAAACAUUUACUGUGUUCGGAAUGGAGUACUAGCUUACUACAUACUGAAUACUACGCAGUAUACUUACUUUGAGUAGCUGGUGAAUAAUCAGCACAUUAGAAUGAUUUCUGAAGGAUCAUGUGACACUGAAGACUGGAGUAAUGAUACUGAAAAUUCAGCUUUGAUCACAGAAAUAAAUGACAGUUUAACAUAGUUUCACAUAGAAGACGGUUAUUUUAAAUUGUAAAAAUAUUUCACAAUUUUACUGUAUUUUUGAUCAAAUAAAUGCAGCCUUGGUGAGCAGAAGAGACUUUAAUAAUCUUAAUUAUUCCAAUCUUUUGACCUGUAGUGUGUACUUGUAGAUUUUAACAGUUUUUUCUAUGCUCUCUAAUUGUAUUUUGGCAGGUCAUGCAGAUAUUUCUUUCUAUUUUGCUAACAGAAAGUUUGCAUAGUGUGCACAGUAUAAUGCAGAGAUAGUAUGAGUAGUAUGGUAGUAUGCCAUUCCGAACAGAGCCAUAUAUUGUACGUGCACUUUUUCUAAGUAUCUGACCUUUUACCCUGUAAUUUUGCAAGAAAACUGUGACGUUUAAUUAGAUGAAUUUAAUUUUCAGGAUGUUUUUGGUCUCCCUGCGCUGGCCUGCUCAUCACGUGACAUGGAAGGAGAAAUGCCAAAGUAUGGAUAUAUCCUGAAAUGAAUUUAUUUAACUUUGAUGAAUCGAUCUGAUUCUCAGGAUGUUUUCAUCGUCACACUGAGGUUUGGUUUGGUUCGACCGUCCAAAAGCACAAAGGGAUGUUAGUUAAAAUAAUGAUUUCUGUCACAAUCAGUUAAAUGAAUGGCUUUUGUUAGAAAUAUCUUGUAUGUGUUGCAGAUUGAGUAGCACCUACUGCACUUUAUGCAUGAGUUUGAUUGGAUUCACUGUUUAGAUUAAAACUUCAAAUUGAUUUUUUUUUUUUUUUUGCCCUUUUCUGGAAAAUGCUUCUAAAACCUGUUUCAAUGUACAGUGUUACAGUUAUAUUUUGUAUUCAGAAUUUUUUUUUUUCUGAAUUUAAAAAAAUUGUGAAUAAUGUCCUGACCUGGAAUAAUAAAAUUGCUUGCCCCAU